UGCUCCCCUGCUCUACAGCUUCUAGUGACCACCCUUGAUUCCCCAAAUGCUUUUCUAAGCAAAGGAUCCAGCUGGGAAUACCCUGAACCUGGGGGGUUCCCAGGGGGUUUGGUGGACUUUGCUGGGUCCUUGAGUUGCACAGCGUGGGCUUGGCCAGGCAUAAUCCGGAUGACUGUUGGGAGGGGAGCGGAACUGAGGCUGGCUGUAGGUAAAGGGGGAACCUGUGCCUCCCACCCCAGCCUGAGACACAGACCUUGGACCUCUUGACUUGCUGCACAGUGCAGAAAACCCAAAGAUUUGAUUCAUUCUCCAAGCUACAUCCUGGACUUGUUACACCCUGCCAGAUAAAGUCAUCCUUUCUGUAACGCGCGGUUUCACUGACAACAACAAGAAUUCUUCAGUUAGAGGUGUGACUCAGGCACAAAUAGCUCACCAUUACCAGGGUGGUUUGAACCAGAUUGCAGUAGCUGACUCAAGAUGACGACAGCCGCACCACUGGUCAAUAACACCCAGCUCUCGGUAAACGUGACCACAAAGUCUCAAGAACAAAGCCUCUAUCAAAGCUCUGGAGCCAUAGUUGCUGCCAUUGUAGUAGGAGUGAUUAUCAUUUUUACAGUGGUUCUGCUCAUACUGAAAACAUACAACAGACGCAUGAGAGUGAAACGGGAGCUGGAGCCCAAACCCACCAAAGCAGCAAUGUCGCCUGCAUUAGGGCAGCCCAGCCACAGCCUGCCUCAGCAUCCCACAGUGACCUUCAUACCUGUGGAUAUCCACAUGCAGAACAGGUAACUGGGAACACUUGUCCUCCCCGUGAGCAGAGUGGUGGAAUUCUCAUUUGUGUGGAUCUGGGACUCCUCAGCAAAGUGAAUCUGCAUUUGGAGCUGUUACUCUGUCUACAGAUUGUAAUUAAUCCCACUUCCUGUCUUUGAGAGGAGAAAUAAAGGGUCUGGAUGUUUCCCCUGUGACUGAAA